AUGUCACAACUACAGACAGCAUCAACACCAACUGGUCGAGAGGAUCAAUUGACUCGUUCUCGCAAGUACAACGACAAGGACCACGCUGGUCUUGCUGAGGGUACUGUUCUACCUCACGAGAACGUACCCAAGUUCUUUGCCAAGAAUGGCUUCGAUGGCGUCGACCCAAAGAAGACCAAGAAGAACGGUGGAGGCAAAGGCAAUUGGGGCUCAGCAGGUCAAGAGGUUGUCGACGAGAAUUUCAACUUCUCCAACGCCCGCCGCCGCUCCAAUAGCAGUGGCUACUCCAACCAUCUUAAUGACUUCAAGACGAAGUUCGAGUUCAACGAGCCUGAGCCUGUCUUCGAGGAGAGCAUCCACGGCCCGGAGAUCGAAGACGAGAAUGCUCUUUCAAAGACCGAGACUUCCUCUAGUGCAGGAAGCUCGGCGGACGAGAAGGAGCAUAAGUGA